ACUAAACAGUCCUUCGUCACAGGACUUCUGAGUAAUGUUUUGGGUGACGAACAGCUGAGUUUGUUGCCAUUUUGUCAACAAAACCGUCUGAAGAGGAUCAGAGAGCUUACUGGAUUGGCCAACAUCCCUCCAGUCCACAUAAGGAGUAGCAUCAGGAAUAAAUGAGGAAUAUUUUCUACUUUUGACAGAGAACUUCCAACAAACAGCAAGAAAAUCAUGCCAUAAAAGCUCCUCACUUCCACGAGUCACACAGCGAGCCACGAGCCAGGACACUUUUAGGUUUGUAACACGUAAUGCCAGCAACUCCAGCUAUGACCGAAAUACAGAAUAUCAUUCAAAUAGUAUUUCCCGUCCUGGUGAUCGUUGUUGCUUCCAUUCUGCUCUGCUUCUACCUUCUGUUGAAAAAGAAAAGAGAACAAUGUGACACCAACAGAUCGAUGCAGGUCCAAGCUAUUUCCCCAUCAGGGUAUCGGGUGGAGGAGGACACGCACUUUGACCCGUUCCCUCCUCGUUACAGCAUUGUGGUUUGCCCACCACCAUACGCAAUGUUUGACCCAAAGCUGACAAACGUCUGGCCUGGAGGCCCCCCUCCUCCCUACGAGAUGUACCCGAUAACCCUUCCCCUGGCACCUCACUGGAUGACUCCAGCAGAACCUCUACAGCUGACCCGUCCAGCCUCACCCCAGCAGAACCCUCCCCCCACUCCCCAGCGGUACCACAGAGCAUCUGUUGGCUAAAAAGCUCAGUUUCCUUGUCAAGACUCCUUGUUUCAUUAUUUAUUACACUGUGACUUUAAAGAGCAAGUCACCCCCAAAUCAACUUUUUUGCUUAUAAACUAUAUAAUUGAGUGUCUAAUCGUGCUGUAGACAUGUGUGGUCAAUAAUUUGGCACUUUAGUUAAAAUUUUAAUAUUCUGCCCAAGUUGCUGUUAGAGUUGCGCCCUCUUCAGGUAAAACCUCUGCACUACAUUUGAAUUUACAUCUGCCAUCGCUAUUGGCUAAGAGGUACUCGAUUACGUUAGCCGGUACCAUAUGAUGUCUCAAUGCCGUUAUGAGCCUGUGUGUGUGUAUUUGUUAGAAGCUCCGCCCCCUCGGUCUUCCAGGCAACACUUCAUUGUUGCACAUAUUUCAAAAAGGGAAAUGGGAGGAGUUACAUUCUGGUAGGGGGUGACUUGCUCUUUAAUUCAUAAUUAAUCAACAUUAAAAACUAAAACAAUGUAAAAACUAUUUAAUACAUUUGUUUUAUAUAAAGAUCAGACUACAAUGUAGCAUCUACACACCAGCAGAAUCACCUUUAUGUUAUAUUAUACACUCUUUAUUACAAUACAGUACUUUACAAGUUUAACAAAAAGAUGAAAUAAAUACUCAAGAUGUGGCCAAAA